GAGCGAUGAGAGGACAAAAGCAAGAAAACCAGAGUACAGGCUUGAUACAUGCAUAAUUUUUGUUUGAUAGGGUUCUUUUAUAGGAAAAUAAUCGAUCUGAUCGGUGGAGGAUGGCGGAACACUUGGCGUCGAUAUUCGGGACAGAGAAGGAUAGGGUGAACUGCCCGUUCUACUUCAAGAUUGGGGCUUGCAGGCACGGCGACAGGUGCUCCAGGCUCCACACAAAGCCCAACAUCAGCCCCACCCUCUGCCUCUCCAACAUGUAUCAGCGCCCCGACAUGCUUACCGCCCCUGCCCCACAGGCCCAGCCCAACCCCAACCUUGAUCCCGCCCACGUUCAGGAGCACUUCGAGGACUUCUAUCAGGACCUCUUCGACGAGCUCUCCAAGUACGGUCUCCUCGAGAGCUUGAACAUCUGCGACAAUUUGGCUGAUCACAUGGUGGGUAAUGUGUACGUUCAGUUUAGAGAGGAAGAAGACGCCUCCAACGCGCUUCGCAAUCUGACUGGAAGGUUUUACUCAGGGCGCCCCAUCAUUGUUGACUUCUCACCAGUCACAGAUUUCCGUGAAGCUACAUGUAGACAAUAUGAGGAAAAUGUAUGCAAUCGAGGUGGCUAUUGCAACUUCAUGCAUUUGAAAAAGAUUGGCAAGGAAUUGAGGAGGAAAUUGUUUGGGAGAAACAGAAGAAGGCAUAGCCACAGUAGAAGCAGGAGUCGCAGUCCUGUUAGGUACCGUGGUUAUGAGGAGCAUUCACGUGGUGGUCGUGGUUUUGGUAGAGGUGGUGGUCGUGGUUAUGGUAGAAGACAUGAUGAUAGGGAUUACCGCUACCACGGUAGGGACCAGAGGCCUAGAAGCCGCAGUCCUGGACGAAGAUGGGAGCAGAGUAGAAGCCCUGGGGGAAGGAGGAAUAGGAGUCCAGUCAGGGAAAGUAGUGCUGAACGGAGGGCCAAAAUUGAACAAUGGAAUAGGGAGAGGGAGCACGAGGAAUCCGGCCUUAGAGACAACGGGGGCAACAUACACAAUGACAGAAAUGGCUUUGCCCAGAAAAGUGAUCAGUUUAAUGACCUUGAGCAGCAGCAGCAUGGUUGAUACAAUAACUAGUGCAAUUGGACCUUUCUGGUUCAGGUGUUCCUGCUUCCCAGGAUCGUGUCUCAAUUUUCUCAGGCAGCUUACCAUGAUAUUUGUAUACAGGUUGGCUGUUGUCUGCGGAUGCUUGCAGGACCUAAUGUGUAUGUUGUUGGAAAACUUGCUGAAUCUCUUGGAGCUGCGUAGCUAGCAUAUUUGUCACUUGUAUCUCAGAAAACAGAUCACGUUAUACAGGACUCUUAGAAACAGCAGUGGUUUAAAUUUGAUUUGAUAGCAUCUGGUUUAUUAGUUUUGGGAUUA